ACGUCUCCACCAAAAAAUAGGCUCGACCCCAGCAAGAUUUAUUAUGACAGAAUUUGUUUCAACGUUCAAACCACGGUUUUGCGGAUUCAUGGCACAAAUUGACUUUGUGUUUGUGGCGUAUGCCGAAAUUCCAAACAAAGGGCGUUCCUUCUUCAAGUGUGGGUUUUGGAGAUGGUGUUCAAGUUCGGACGCAAGACAAACGCCUGAAUUCGAGGAAGAUGGGAAAAAACCGGCCCCAUCCCCUCCCGCCGGCGCCGGGUCCAAGAAGGAAGAUACCCACUCCGGCUUCUGGGGCGAAACGUGUGGUUUCAUCACAGACCUGUAUGACCCAAAAGAUAGCAAACCAGAUAUUGGAGGGCGGGAUUUCUCGCGUAACCUGUUCCGACACAUGAAUCUAGCAGGAGCAAUCCCAAUUAUGAUCGGAGCUUCCUUUGCAUUUGCAUGUGCGGGCCAGUGCUUCAUGCAGGUGGUGGCAAUUCUGGAUCGAAAGAAAUGCGGACUGAAAGCGCUGAAUAUCACAACUGCAACACUAGCUGACCCAUUUUCAAACGUCUCUGACUCGAACCCUGAAACUCCUAACCCUAGUUUUUGA